AUGAGGGAACAGGACAGUCUGACACAGUUCUUGAUGGCCUGUGCGCUCACUGUGCCUCCUACGGACAUUACAGAGGUGCUUACAGGAUGUGGACAGCUGACCUUCAAGGAUGUGGCCAUAGAAUUCUCUGAGGAGGAGUGGGGAUGUCUGACCCACACUCAGCAGCAACUGUACAGGAAUGUGAUGUUGGAGAACUACGGACACCUCCUCUUCUUGGCUCUAUCUUCACAUGAGACCCAGAGUUUCCUGCUACAGUGGAGCAUAGAAGGUUCUUUCCAGAACGGGUCAACGCACAGAUACAAAGAUAGUGCUGUUGAGAUUUUAUACUUGUGCACAGACUGGGACAAUCAUGGGGAGAGUGAAGGGCCUCAAAGAAUUCCUGGACGAUACACCCAAACCAAGGCAAUUGCCCUUAAUGAGAAUGUCACUGUCCCAAAUGGUGAAGGAUAUAAACCGCUGCAGAAAACCUCCAUUUUUAAGUCAACUGUUUCUGCAGAACAGUGUGUUUCUGUCAGCACAAGCUCCAGUCAGAUAGUCAAUCAUAGCGAUUUGUGGACAGACUACUUGGAACAUCUGGAAAGUAACCUAGUCCAUUGCGAGAGUAAUGAUUUGAGUCAUUUGGAAAAUAGGAUUGGUCUGACCUUAGAUCAGAGUUUUAGAAAUGAAGAACAAAGUCCUCAGUGGGAUCCAUAUGAGAGGGACUUCACUGAGGAGUCGACCCUACAGUAUGACCAGAGGCUUUUCACUGGAGACAGAAUUGCUCAAUGCACUGAAUCUGAGAAAACAUUGAACCAGGGCUUCAGGGUUCACAGAUGUGUCAGGGCUAGGUUUGCAGAGAACCAUCAUGAAUGUGAUAAAUGUGGGGAAGGCUUUCAUCCAAGCUCUAACCUCAGUAUACAUAAUGGUCACCAUUUGGGAGACAGUCCUCACAAGGAUAAUGAAUGUGGGACAGCUCGUAACCAGUCCUCCAGUGUUGCUGAUCAUCAGAGAAUUCAUGAGGGAAAAAGCCCAUUCACAUCUAAUAAACCAGGGACCAUGUUUAGUCAGUCAGCAAGCCUAAACAUCAAUGAGAUAAUCCCUCAGGGAGAGGAAACUUACAUUUUUAAGGAAUGCGGUAAAUCCUUUGACUGCCACUCAGCACUAUCUCAACAUCAGCGAAUGCAUACUGGAGAAAAAAUACACAAAUGUGAAGAAGGUGGUCAAACCUUUAAGGACUGUUCAUCAGAAAAUGGACAUUUGCAGAUCUAUUCUGGAGAGAAACCCUGCAAAUGUCAAGAAUAUGGCAAGGCUUUUAACAAUCACUCAAGUCUCUAUAGACCUCACCAAAUUCAUAUUGCAGGGGAAAAUUACAAGUGUAAUGAAUGUGCCAAAGCCUUUACAUCAUGCUCAAAACUUAUUCAACAUCAGAGAAUUCAUAGUGGAGAUAAACCUUACCAGUGUCAACAGUGUGGCAAGAGCUUUUAUCACAGCUCAACCCUUACUCGACAUCACAGAAUUCAUACUGGAGAGAAACCUUACCAAUGUCAAGAAUGUGGCAAGAGCUUUAACCAGAGGUCAUCCCUUACUAAACAUCACAGAAUUCAUACUGGAGAGAAACCUUACCAAUGUCAAGAAUGUGGCAAGAGCUUUAACCAGAGUUCAUCCCUUAUUAAACAUCACAGAAGUCAUAGUGGCGAGAAACCUUACCAAUGUCAAAAAUGUGACAAGGCCUUUAACUGCCUUUCAUACCUUUCUGAACAUCAUAGAAUUCAUACUGGAAAGAAACCUUACCAGUGUCAAGAAUGUGGUAAGGCCUAUGCUGUCCCUUCACAACUUACUAAGCAUCGCAGAAUUCAUACUGGACAAAAACCUUACCGAUGUCAAGAAUGUGGCAAGGGCUUUAGUGACAGGUCAACCCUUACUGAACAUCACAGAAUUCAUAGUGGAGAAAAACCGUACCAAUGUCAAGAAUGUGGCAAGGCCUUUACCUGGAGGUCGAAUCUUUCUCGGCAUCAGAAAACUCAUAGUGAAGAGAAACCUUACCAAUGUCAAGAAUGUGGCAAGGCCUUCAAGUGGAGGUCACAUCUUUGUCAACAUCACAAUAUUCAUAAUGCAGAGAAACCUUACCAAUGUCAAGAAUGUGGCAAGGCCUUUAACUGGAGGUCAGGUCUUGCUAAGCAUAAGAGAAUUCAUUGUGGAGAAAAAUCUUACCAAUGUGAAGAAUGUGGUAAGCCCUUUAAGGACAGCACAACUCUGAUUGAACAUUGCAGAACUCAUACUGGAGAGAAACCUUACCAAUGUAAAAUAUGUGGCAAGGCCUUUAACUGCCUUUCACACCUUUCUCAACGUCAUAGAAUUCAUACUGGGAAGAAACCUUACCAAUAUCAAGAAUGUGGCAAGACCUUUUGUUACAGCUCAGGCCUUACUCAACAUUACACAAUUCAUACUGGAGAGAAACCUAACCGAUGUCAAGAAUGUAGGAAGGCCUUUAUACACAGCUUAACCCUUACUCCACAUCACAGAAUUCAUACUGGAGAGAAACCUGGUGAAUGUCAUGAAUGUGGCAAGGCCUUUAACUGGAGGUCAAGUGUUACUGAGCAUCAGAGAAUUCAUCCUGGAGAGAAACCUUAGCAACGUCAAGAAUGUUGUUAGGUGGGGCUCCUGGU